AUUUUGUCAUUUUGGCAGCUAAAAACAAUUAAACUCAAUUGCUAUUGUUACAAUUAAAAUAUACUGAUUUAUUCUGGCUGUUUAAACAAGCAAAAAAAAACAAUUGAUUACAAAGAUUUAAACCAUAAAGGAGAGAAAAGAAAUUCAAUUCACAGCUUGUCAAACAGCUUUAGAAUGAAAUGGAUUUGCAACAAAGACUUGGUCCUAGACCAACAACAACAACAACUAGAGAAGCAUCAGAAACAGCGACAGCAUCAAGGACAACAACAGCAUCACUACUAUAUGACACAAAGGCAGCAACAAAACAUACAUCAGCAUUUCAAACGUUACACAAACUGUCAACGACAUCCCAUUCAUUUGCAACAACUGCAACUACAACAACAACAAAUGCCCCUAACAGCGCCAGCAAUAAUAAAAACAAUGAAGAAUUUUACGAUACUGUCUGUUGGCAAGAGACUAAAACCGACAUGGAUGUCAACGAUAAUAAUGACAACGCGGAAAAUGAAGUACUUGCUAGAGAACAGGAACACGAACAAAAAGAAUCACUUUUUAAAAUAUGGUGUGAACAGGCAGCUGGCACAUCACCUAUGGAAAAUGAUGAAACUGAAAGACCGGAAAUCACCCGCCAUUAUGCUGAUGAUAAAGAUAAGCCGGGCGUUGAGGAGGGGGCAACAAAAAGUUUGGCACAAACAUUCCGUUGUAUACUUGAAACAUUCGAAACUACAGCAGCAAAGACUACGACGAACAAUACUACAAUACAAUAUAGUUGUUAUAAUACUGAUAUGCCUGAUUAUUUAUACUAUCCCUCCAAUUCCACCUCCAACACCAACAACUUGUCAUCCUUCACUCAUCAACAUGAACAUCAGCAAUUACAAUUUGUUAAUGAAACUGAAAGGAAUGUUAACAGCAGCAUCAGUAGUAGUAUUAGCAAUAGCAUCAGCAUCAGCAAUAACACAAUCCUGCCAUCAUUUAAUAGUCAUGAACAGCAGCAAACUUCCACUACGAAUACAUUUUUGCAAAACUGUAGGACUCAUAUAAAAUUAAUAGUGGAAGAUGUAGCAGAACCCAUUAAAGAAUUCCAAAUAUCAUUGAAAUCAAAACCUCACCAAGAGCGUCUACAUCCUCCUCUGCAACAACAUUUAUAUGCGGCAACGGAAGCAACACAAAGUUGGCAAACUGAUCAUUAUUCAGCAGCCACCAGCAAUAGUAGUAGUAGUAGUUUCUUAACACCGAGUGAUACAUUUAUAAAUCCUAACCAACCAAAUCUUAGUGAUAGUCAAAUAAUUUUACAAAACUCUUCUUUCGAGUCCCUAAUACCUGCAGCUUUUAACAGCCCCUCAUCAUCUCUAGCUAAUCGCUGUCAACCUGUAGUACAAAAUCUCUCCAUAUAUUGUCAACAACCUUCAGCCAUCUUCUCAUCCCUACCCACGCCCACCAACAUUCUGCCGCAUAAAGUCAAGUGCUUUCUUACGAAUACCCUGGCUGAGUUAACCACAAAUGCUUCCUAUUCAGCUCAACUACAGGAUUAUUUACCCACAUUGGGUCUGGCCUCAGUCGCAAAUGCUGAGGAUCAUAUGAAUCAAUCAUUGUAUUCUAGCAGCAAUUGGUUGGAAGAUCCAUGGCCUUGGAGUAUGGCCGUCAUGAACUCAACUCUUGUCAAUUCAUCAUCUACAUUGUCUGCCUUAAGUUCUGCUGAUACAAAUAUGACAAAUUUAACCACCUUGGAUGGAGAUCUCACAGUGCCAAUCAAAGGUUUUGAUUGGAGUUUUCUAUUUGUAAUAUUUUUUAUAUUUGCGGGCGGACUGGGUAAUAUUUUGGUGUGUCUGGCUGUGGCUUUAGAUCGACGUUUGCAAAAUGUCACCAAUUAUUUCUUAUUCUCACUGGCCAUAGCUGAUCUGUUGGUGAGUUUGUUUGUGAUGCCGCUGGGAGCGAUACCGGCUUUUUUGGGUUAUUGGCCAUUAGGUUUUACAUGGUGCAAUAUAUAUGUGACCUGCGAUGUUAUGGCAUGUUCAUCCAGCAUCCUGCAUAUGUGCUUCAUCAGUUUGGGUCGUUAUUUGGGUAUACGAAAUCCAUUGGGUUCACGGCAUCGUUCAACGAAACGUUUGGCUGGCAUGAAAAUUGCCAUUGUCUGGUUAAUGGCCAUGAUUGUAUCCAGCUCGAUAACAGUAUUGGGUCUUGUGAAUGAAAAGAAUAUCAUGCCCCAGUCAAAUGUUUGUGUCAUUAACAAUCGUGCAUUUUUUGUUUUCGGUUCGUUGGUGGCAUUUUAUAUACCCAUGGUAAUGAUGGUAAUCACGUACGCUCUGACAAUACCAUUGUUAAGGAAAAAGGCACGAUUUGCAGCUGAACAUCCGGAAAGCGAAUUAUUUCGUCGCUUGGGUGGUCGUUUCACUAUACGUCCUCAACAUUCCCAACAGCAGCUGCAAAUGCACAGUAGUUUUAGCAGCAACAGCAGCUACAACAAAUAUUGUUUGGGCGGUGGUGCCAGCGAUUCCAAUCGCAAUUUCAACAAUGACUAUAACGAUAAACAACAUCAACAGCAGCAGUACCAGCAUCAUCGCUCUUCAUCCUCGUCAAAUUUCUCUAAUGGCACUGCCACCAGCCGUCUCGGAGCAGGCAGUGGUCGCAAUGGUCGUCAGGGCAAUGGCAGUAAUGGCGGUGGCAUUGUUGGCAAUGAUGAUGAUGAUGGACCAAUGGCUGCUGCCGCCACAGCCAACACCUGUCGCAAUGCUGCGAAUUUUCGUAGCGGUAUUUUACGCCAUUCAUCUUCAUCAUCUUUACGCAAUAAACCCACUAGUUUUAAGGUUAUAGUUGCAUCGCCAACAAACGAACGUAACAAUGAUAAACGACGCAUAUCAUCACACACCCACUCGCAGCAGCAUUCGCACCAGCUUCAGCAACAGACCACCAAUCUGUCCACCUCAUCGUCAGCGUUGCUAACGGCCCACCACCACCACCAUCAGGAAACAAAUAACUAUUGGCGUUCAUCGCAUGCUGGUAAUGCGAAUCUAAUGGAUAGCCAUCCAAAUAGAAGUUCCUCGGUGCGUAUUAACCGAAGCAACAAUCUAACACAAUUAGGUUUUGCUAGCAGCAGCACCCCCAACAACAAAAACAAAAACAACAACGUAAAUAGCAACAGCAAUAACAACAACAACAAACGUAACAAAACCUCAUUGUCUAUGCAGCCAUUGCGUUUUUCGUUACGCCGCAAUAGUCCAGAUGAAAGAGGUGGAGGACGUGUGGGCGCUGAUGUUGGCAUAGCCACUCUCACUGGCAACAGCAAUAUGGGCAAUUGUUCGCCGUCUGUUAUGGCUGAUGGUCAUCAUACGAGCUUUCAGCAUCAUCAUCAUCAUCUGCACUAUAGCACGACCUGUGAACAAAGCACUCAAACGCCAAAUUCGAUUAGUCGUGAAACGCGUAGAAACCGCAAAUUAAAAGUAUUAAGAUUUAAUUUUAAUAAAGUGGCAACACCAACAUUGAAUUUGCGCUUCCUGAAUAAUCGCAAUAAACGCAAUAACCUUUCCGCCAACGCGGUUGCCACCGAACAAAAGGCAACCAAAGUGCUGGGUUUAGUCUUCUUUACAUUCGUUUUGUGCUGGUCACCGUUUUUUAUACUCAACAUUAUAUUUGCCGCCUGUCCGGAGUGCGAAGUACCCGAGCAUGUUGUUAAUACUUGCCUGUGGUUGGGUUAUGUUUCCUCCACCAUAAAUCCAAUCAUUUAUACAAUAUUCAAUCGAACAUUUCGUGCUGCAUUUAUACGUUUGCUCAAGUGUAAUUGUGAAAGAUCCGGUCGACCUACCCGCUAUCGUUCAGUAACCGAGGGACGCAGUGCUUUAAGUCUAUGUGCCCCCUCAGCUUUACCCCUGGCCAUUUCAUUUCAGGGUGCCCCCUUAAUGGCCGGCACAACAAAUUCAUCAUCGAAUAACAACAUGAAUACACCAUUAAGUGAUUUUCGUGGCAGUUAUACAAUUACGGAUGAUGAAUGUUGAUACUAACAAUAAAUUAUAGUGGAGGAGGAGGAGGAGUAGUUGACAGGAAGCACCCUCCAGCUAACAACUAACAUAUUCUCACAUGCUCACCACACACACCCAUCAUUAACACUUUAUUGUAUAUACUUGCCUAGUUAUAUAUUUAUUUAUAAGUUUAUUAUCAUUUUAUUUACUAUCAUUAAGAGUAUAUUUUUAUGUAAAUGAUGACAAUGAUAAUGUUUAUUGCGAAUUAUAAUAUUUAAUAGCCAGACACUGAGGCGUUCAUAUAUGAAUGUGUCCUUCAUGGCAAGAGAUGAAGGUUUUAAGGGUGACCCUUAAAUAUUUUGAAGAAAAACACUUUUUUGAGAAGCAACAUUAUUUAUGGUGAAUGAACAAUUUACCACCAUUUUAAAGAAAG